GUUUCGAAGCAAAUAUUUACACACCAAUCAAUCAUGAAUUACCGCAGUAAAUUUUUGGUGGCGUUCAAUUUUAUUUUGCUAGUGCUAGUUGGGAAAAUUUCAAUCUUGAGAGGAAGCGAUGUAGAAGAAAAGGAAGGAACAUCCAUGCCUGAUGAUGAUAUCUGUACUCUUUAUGAUUACUCCCUUGUACUUGAUCAAUGGCUAUUUCGAAAAAAUUAUAAACCAUUAAUAGUAACUAUAGCACGUGAAUUUACUGAUGGAAUAAACAGAGUUAGAAAUAUAUCUCACAGCAAAAGGAUAUUAUACGAUAAAGAAAUUAAGAACAGACAUUGGAGUAAGAUGUAUAAUAUGAUAUCGACAAAUUUUUAUCUGUUUGAAGCUUACAAUGUAUACUACUUUGUUUACCCUGUAAACAUUCUAGACAAUUAUUUCACUAUAUACUGUCAAAAAAUGCUAUUAAGCGAUCAGUUGGGUGUAACGUUUGAUUUUGUUAAUGUAAAGAAAGAGUAUCCUUUUUAUGAAGAUAUUUUAGUUCCUCUAAAACCAAGUUGCACAAAUUGCCCUCUGGUAGAAUACGUUAACAAAAAACUACAGGCAGGUGAGAGUUUCUCCGAAUUAUUGCAAUUGCGAGAACAAUUGUUUGGAGAAAAAACAAAGUACACAUCCCUAAAAGCAUUCGACAAUGAUUACGCUUGCGAUUCGAUUGGAUUUAACAUUAAUUCUGAGAGCGACAAUUUUUUAAAGCAUUUCAACUCAUUACUGAAACAAAUUCAAAGGAAUGACAACAAUUCUGAUGAAAGUAAAAAGAAAAAUAUUUUCGACAGAAGUCUAAAGUGCUUCAAGUCGAGACAUCUAUUUGUUACAAACGAAAUUUUUAACAAUGAUAUUCAGGAACUAAAGCACCUAUUUACUGGAAUUAAUUAUUUAAACUGGAUUAACGAAACUGUUUUUUCACUGAAUGCGAAUGAUACCUCAUUUGGCAAUAUAUGCAAAAAUGAACAUAAAAUAUAUAUAUUUAAAUUAUUUUGUUUUAUAAAAGAUGUAACAGAUAUUACAUCUUACAACAUAUCUGCGUGGACAGAUAAUCUACAACAACUUGUCGAUAAAUCAUUGGUCAAACAACUGAUGUGGUUUAACAGUUUGAUGUCAGUGUACAAUAAGGAAUAUUUCUUGGAAAAUGAUUUCAUUUUACGCGAACUUGAAAAUUUGAAAAAACAAACACUAAAUGAAAGUGGAAAUUGGAGGAAUGUAAUGAAUACUGCGUAUAACGUUCUCGAAUUUUCGAAUUCAAUGGGUGUAAAGAGAGAUUUCAAUUCUAUGUUAAGUUUAUCCUGUUUAUUUUACAAUUAUUGGGAAACAGUUGAUGCUUUACUUCCUGAGAUGAAUUUCAAAAGAUUAGUAAUAAUUGUAACAGAUAAUAUGCAGACAGGGAUUCAGAAAGCUGCAUUUAUAAGAGGAAAAAGAGUAGUACCUAAAAUAAAACGAGAGGAUCUUCAUUAUAAAAAACAGUUUGUGUAUGAUGAAAUAAUGAAACAUGUUCAUCUGAUUCUAUCCAACGAUACUUAUUAUUAUGUUUAUCCAUUGAACGCCAUUCGAUAUGUCGACGUAAUGAUUACCUAUUUCGAGUACAAGAUGAUUAAAGAUUAUUCAAAAGUGGUAUUUUAUUUCGCAAAAUACUCCAAUAUUUUUUUUCCGAAUGAAUUGAAUAGUAUGGGCUAUAAUGAAUUAGUUAUUCCCGCUCUACCAGACAAUUAUCACUUAUUUACAACAAACUGUAGGAACCGUUUUCUAAAACCCAGAUCUUUAAUUAAUCUACAUCACGAAUUUCAUAAACGCCAUUCAAAAUAUUUUUCAUUAUAUGCCACUUUUUACAAUGGUAUAUCAGAAUUUAUUAAUAAUCACCAUUCACAUUAUAAAGAUAAUAAUACGAUUGAAUAUGCACAGAAAUUUUAUGACCUUUUAAAAACAGAACACGUUGCUUACUAUACGAAUUAUUUAUUUAAGGAUUUACCGUGCCCUUCUUUGCAGGAAAUAGAUAAAAGAAUUAAUGUUGAUUUUAGCAUAACUAAAAUAGAAAAUUUGUUUUACAUUUCUAAUCUUACACGAUUAGCUUAUAGAAACAUAACAACAAUAAAUGUCACGGACAAUGAUAAUUUAAAAUAUUUUUGUAUGCAUUCGAAUAUUUUUCAGUUCAUUAAAUUCUUUUGCUUUUUGCAAAUUAAUUAUAUAGAAGGUAUGCUAAAAUUAAUAGAUACGAAAUCGAAGUAUGUUGAGAGUAUAAAAAAAAUUGCUGAAAAUGAGAAAAAUGUUAUUACUGAAUAUUUGUCAAAGACAUUAAAAUGGAUGAACGGAACGCUAUCGAUAGAUUUCUCUGAAAUGCAGGGCUCGAACUAAGUCCGUAAAUCCCGUAAAAGUCCGUAACUUUGCUUGAAGUCCGUAAAAGUCCGUUUUUUUGAAAAAAGGUCCGUAAAGUCCGUAAUUUGAUUGAAAAAGGUCCGUA